UAAUCAGCUGUUCGAAAGUGACAGCGCCUGUCAAAUAUCGCGUCCACUUCCGUUUCUUUUCACUUUUGACCAGCAAGAUGAAAAUCGGUUUGUGUGCAUUCAGUGGGUACAAAAUUUACCCGGGCCAUGGCAAGACCAUGGUCAAAGUUGAUGGCAAGACCUUCACCUUCCUGGACAAGAAGUGCGAGCGCUCCUAUCUGAUGAAGCGUAAUCCCCGUAAGGUCACCUGGACUGUGCUGUACCGUCGUAAGCACCGUAAGGGUAUCGAGGAGGAGGCCUCCAAGAAGCGCACCCGUCGCACACAGAAAUUCCAGCGCGCCAUUGUUGGUGCCUCGCUGGCGGAAAUCAUGGCCAAGCGUAACAUGAAGCCCGAGGUACGCAAGGCACAGCGCGAUCAGGCCAUCAAGGUGGCAAAGGAACAGAAGCGCGCCGUUAAGGCCGCCAAGAAGGCUGCUGCCCCCGCUCCCGCCAAGAAGUCCGCGCCCAAGCAGAAGGCCACCAAGGUGACGCAGAAGUCUGCGCCUCGCGUCGGUGGAAAGCGGUAAACAACAACCACCACAACAACAACAGCAGCAGCAA